UUAUAUUAUUUUUCUAUGGUUAUGUCAAACAUAAAUAAAAUUAUUGACAUGCAUAUUUCAAAAAAGUGAUGCACAAUAUUUGCACGUUACCCCCCAAAGACUUCCCCGCUAAAAAAGGGAAAUGGGAUUUGGUAUUUCAGUUCACAACAUUGUCCGCAGAUCAUGUAAGAUGUAUGGAAUAUUUCAUGGGUUACGAAGCAAUAUAUAACGAAAAACUAACCCAUUACAACUCGAAUUACUGGUACAUAAUCCACCCGUUAAGCAGAUUUCGUUAUUUCUACGACACGUACGCCUUUUUUUGGUUUUCCGUGAGUUUCAUUGUGAAGCCUUUUCAUCUCGCAUUGAACACGCCCAACAACCCAUACUACUUUAUAUGGUUGCUGUACUGGAUCGAUAAUUUUCUUACGUAUGUGGAUAUUAUCCUUAACUUUUUCAGCGGAUACAUCUCGAAUGGUAGAAUUCACUUGAAGCACAAUGAAGUAUUCCUAAAUUACAUUAAACUUCAUUUUAUAUGCGAUGCUCUUUGUGCCGCGCCAACGUUGUUGUUCUGUGAUUUGCACGGUUGCCAACCGUGGGUUUACGGCCUGGUGGGACUUUUGUCUUGUUCGAGGCUGAUUAAACUGCACCCAGUGCUGAAGUACGUUGACAGAUACGCCAGCCAAAGGCGCAUUGCGUUGAGGUGGAUCAUAAUGCCAAUUUACUUAUUUUUGAUCCUCAAACACUGGGCUGUGUGCGUCCAGUUAAUGCUUCCCAAUUUCAGAAGAAAUGAAUACGGAGAAUACGAUAGAAAAUCGUGGAUUAUGAUAAACAAUGUUUUCAACUUAACUACAGCCGGAAAAUAUCGAUCCACUUUUCUCCGUAUUUCAAGUAUGUUCUUGGCCGUUAACAUAUACAACAACUACUACAUGUGGGUACACGAGGAGUUUUGCUUCACUUUAUUUUUGUACGUGCUAGGAUAUCUGUUGAUAGCAAUAUACACCAUACUCGUGCUGUUAUACGUAGGCAACAGAUUUCAAGUGGAUAAGAAGUACGUGGAGGUAUUGGAGCAACUGGAACAUUACAUGCACAACAAGCAGCUACCCCAGGAGUUGAGAGCGAAAUUGCGCAGCUGCUACAGCUACAAGUUUCAAUCGAAGUUCUACAACGAAAUGAAAAUUAAAACGCUGCUCUCGGAAAACCUGAACAAACAGCUGAGCGUGUAUUCCUACAAAAACCUGAUCUCAAAAACCCCGAUACUCGCCUUGCUUUCCAUAGAGGACGCCUGUAGAUUUAUAGAGUUUUGCAAAUCCGAUGUCUACUUCCCGAACGACGUGGUCAUACAAAGCGAGCAAGUUGGCACCACCUUUUACAUUUUGGCACAUGGAACUGUUAGCGUUUGUACGUCAUCCGGCAUUGAACUUUGUCAUUUGGACGAAGGUUCUUAUUUUGGGGAGAUUGCGCUGAUGUCCAAAUCGCAAAAAAGAACCGCAACUGUCAUAGCCCUGGAAAUAAGCGAAAUUUAUUAUUUGGAUAAAGUUUAUUUUUAUGGUUUUUUAAAGAAAUAUCCAGAGUUUGCUAAAAGGAUUAGAACAGAUGCUGCCGCCAAGCUAGACAUAUCAAGAAGGGUUGAACAGAUGAAUAAAGAUUUUCUCUUCAGAAAAGAAUUGAAAUUUUAA